UCCUCUUUGCAAACUAUGAGUUCAAGUCCUACACGUACAAUAAAAUAGGCGAAUGAAAAAGAACGAUAAGAACAGAUUAAAAUAAAAUUAGAUGCCAAAUGAGAAAAGAGCGAAUGAAAAGAAUGAAGAAAACUGUGACGUUUUAAUAGUAGAAGAUAUUUGUAAUUAAUUUUUUGUUUGUCUGAAAUUUUGAAACAAUUUAAGUGCUACCGUUAUCAAAUGUAACGCAAACGGGGUCCUGUCGGAUUAGAGAAUUCAAUAUAUUUUGUUACGCGUCAGUGGCUGAUAAGUAAAUUAUAAAUAUGACUGAGACGCGUCGUUCUCAACUCCAUCUGGGGAAGUGCAUAGAGGAUUUGGAUAAAUUACACAACGUACCUGACUUGAAAUCGAAAAGAGCUACAAUGUUAUGCAAAACUGCUCAGAAACUCUUCGAAUCUGCUGAGGAAGCUCGUGAAAAGGGUGACGAAGAGACUUCCUACGUACAGUACAUGAAGUACCUUCGUGUUAUCGCAUAUAUUAGUAAAGAUAAGGACUACUCAAAAGACAAAACUUACUAUACCAGUAUGCUUGGAGUAAAGAACCCAAACAAGGCAUUAGAUGCCGCUGAAAAGUUGAAAAACAGCUUAAUUGUCAGAUAUGAGGAAGAACGACAGAGUGAACGUCUGAAUGACAUAAAAGAGAAUGAGUUGAUAAAGCAAAAAAUUGAUGAUAAUAGAAAGAAAGCCCUGGAGGCAGUUGCUGCUAAAGACCCUGCUACCCAGGGUCUACCUGGUCCAGAUGAAGUGACAAUAAAAAGUGAACAGCUCUAUUCAACACUGAAAAGUGGCAAGUUGAAGGUGAUGAUCUUGGAUGCAAGGCCCGGCAAGGACUACAUUGAGUCACACAUCAACCAUCCUGCUUGCAUCAGUGUACCGGAGGAGUGUAUAUCACCAGGCCAAACAGCAAAUGUGUUAGAGCAGAAUCUUCCAGCGGUGUCCAGACCUGUUUGGGCUGAGAGGGCUUCCAUGGACCUUAUCGUCAUGCUGGACUGGAACAGUUCAGCCGUCAUUCCUGGAAAGACUCUGUAUCUGUUGAAGACGAUACUACUUAAGUGGGACAUCAAAGUGCAGUAUUCCAGACAGCCUCUAGCCCUGCGUGGGGGCUAUGAAGACUGGUUGCUGAAGUACCCUGCCUUCACCACCAACCCAAGGCCUACCACUCCCCAUCAGGACACCAUGCUCGAUGACAUGUUAGGUGAGAUUGACUACCCAAACUGGUCAGAUCUUAGCCCCCCCGUGGUCACUGUAAACCGUGUCGCCAAACCCAGUGGGGGGCCACUCAUAGAUAGAACUAGCAAGAUAGCAGCAGUACAGUUGUACGACGAAAGGUCUCGCAGCAUGCAGAACAUUCUAGAACAGCAGGAGCGCAUCGCCGAUACCUCGCUAACCCUUGAGAUGCAACGGUUGGAAGCUGAGCAGGACUGGGAGAAGAUCCGUCAGCAGAACGAAGCGGAACAACGCGACGAGAUCCGGGCAAUGUACAAGUUGCGAGAGCAAGAAAUCAUAUCGCAGCUUAUGCAGUUGGAGAGCAAACAGUACGAUAUGGAACAAGAGAAUCAAACUCUCCGCGAUAAGUUGGAGGAAUACCAGAGGAGAGAGAAGGAGGAUGCGGAGACCAUCGCGGAGACCAUUACCAAAACGGUGGAAAUGCCUGGCAUCGAAUCUGAAGUGCAAGUGGACGAGCGUUCCCGCCAAGCGACCGCCCGCGACGUGGCGGCCAAGCGCGCGCGCAUCGCGGCCGUGCGCGCGCAACGCGACGAGCUCGACCGCCGCAGGGAGGCCAUGGAGCACGAACGGAAGCGGAAACUCGCCGAGGCGCGAACUAAGAGGAAGCCCUACGAAAAGGAGGAUGAUGGCGAUGCGUACAUGGGGUCCCCGACCGACAGUACCGGGGCCGUCGGCCUCAACCGAUCACAGUCAUCGCCCAACAUAGCAAAGCUGUCAUCUGAUGAGGAUGAGGUUCCCAUGCCAGCGUUCGACCGGAGCACCAAGCCCAGCAAAGUUGCGCCCUCCAGUGAAAUGCACCACAGGGACUUCCAACCCGUUUGGGGAGAUGUGGGCCGCGGAUUAACAGGUCUCAAGAAUCUCGGCAACACCUGCUACAUGAACUCCAUCAUCCAGUGCCUGAACAACACCGCCAUACUGGUCACAUACUUCUGCAACGGGCAAUACCUCGAACACGUUAACAGGUCCCACAGCACCCGUGGGGCGAUAGCGGAAGAGCUCGCGGCAGUUGUUCGAGCGCUGUGGUCCGGACAGUAUCGAUUCAUUGCCACUAAGGAUUUGCGGAAUGAAGUUGGUAAGCACCAGCGCGCGUUUCGUGGUACCGAGCAGCAGGACUCUCACGAAUUCCUCACAAUCCUGAUGGACUGGCUACAUCUCGACUUGCAGUUCACGAUCAAACCGCCUCACAAGGAAACGCUCGGCGCGUCAGAGCGGGCGUGGCACGAGUACACCAAGUCAAAAGAGAGCCUUGUUCUAAGGUUGUUUUAUGGACAGAUCCGGUCGACGGUGCGGUGUUCGGUGUGUCGGGCCAGCUCAGCCACCUACGACUCGUUCUCCAACCUGUCGUUGGAACUGCCUGCCCACGCGUCCCGGUGCACCCUCGCUGACUGUCUAAAACUCUACCUGAACGACGAAAUGAUACCCGGCUGGAACUGUCCCAAUUGUAAAGAGAAGCGAGACGCCGUCAAGAAAUUGGACAUUUCCCGCCUACCCCCAGUCCUAGUCAUCCACUUCAAGAGAUUCUACGUGGACCCCAAAGAGUAUAUGUGCAACGCGUACAGGAAAAAGCAGACAUACAUAGACUUCCCGCUGGAAGACCUGGACAUGAGGCAGUUCUCGCUGCAGUGUCCCGGGAAUCCGAUAUACAAUUUGUACGCCGUGUCUAAUCAUUAUGGAUCCAUGGAGGGCGGGCAUUAUACUGCGUAUUGCAAAAGUAGCGUUUAUGGCAAAUGGUACAAAUACGACGACCAUCUCGUUACGGAGAUCCCAACGAGCGAGGUCCGCUCGAGCGCCGCCUACAUCCUGUUCUACUCAGCGUGUUCGCGCUCGUGAUGCCGCACUCACCACGUCACACGCGCCCGCCACGCCAGGCAUCGCUCCAGCCCCGCGACUUCGCACGCCGCAAAAGUGAACGACGGUUGAAACCGUCACUACCGAGUGCCUAGUGUGAGAUUUACUAGCUACGUUUGCUUAUUCGAUCGCGCGAAAGUAAACUACAAUUUGUAUGGUAUCGAAGGAGAGCCCUCUGGUAUAAGGCUGGGAAACCGUACUGUCACUAAUAAUAAAAUCACAGUUAACUUAACGCGUUCGAAUGAAUAAAUGUAUUUAGAAAAUCA